UCUCUCAUGCAUGUGACUGACGUGCUCCACUGACCCUCUGAGCGUCACAAAAGAGGAUGAAUCAGUUCUGCCAGUUCUCAGUAUGAGGGAAGUGGAUUUGAUGCCUGUCCCCUUUUUUUAGUGUCUGUGCUGCACGAUAAGGCUAGGAAACUUCACCGUUCCGAAGUUAUCAGAGUCUAAUAUGGGUUUUGGCGUGCUAGGAGUGUUUCUGGGUCUGCUCCUGGAGGUCUCCACCCACGGACCCCACGCUGUGCCUAGAACGUCCUGGAGACACCAAGAUCUAGAUCUGCUGGAGUUUUCUGAGUCCGGGAUCUACAACUACUCUACGUUGCUGCUGAGCGAGAAAAAGGAUGCGCUGUAUGUCGGAGCCAGGGAGGCCAUCUUCGAGCUCAGCAAGAAGAACGUGACAGUCAGGAACAACAAGGCUCAGUGGACCGUGGCAGAAAACCCCUUGUUGAUGUGCACGCUUAAAGGAAAAUCAAAAGAGAGGGAUUGUCUAAACUACAUUCGGGUUCUACAAGUGGUAGACGACGAGCGGUUGUACGUCUGUGGCACACACGCCUUUCAACCUCGGUGUGAUUACUUGAACCUCGCUGACUUCUCAUUGGACGGUCGAGCUGAAGACGGCCGGGGACAAUGCUCCUUUGACCCGUCGCAGAGCUUCACCACUGUCAUGGUUGACGGAGAGCUGUACUCUGGCACGGCUUUUAACUUCUUAGGCAGCGAACCGAUUAUUUCCAGAUACUCUCCAUACCAGUCCCUGCUCCGGACGGAGUACUCCACGUCGUGGCUCAAUGAGCCCAGUUUUGUUUACGCAGACGUGAUCAGAGAAGGGAGGAACCAAGCAUAUGGCGAGGACGACAAAAUCUACUACUUUUUCACCGAGGUGUCGGUGGAGUACGAAUUCUUUGGCAAGCUGCUCAUCCCCAGGGUGGCCCGCGUCUGUAAGGGUGACCUCGGGGGGCAGCGCACUCUGCAGAAGAAGUGGACGUCCUUUCUCAAGGCUAAGCUGGUGUGCUCCAUGCCCGAGCUCAACUUCGUCUUCAACGUAGUGCACGACGUCUUCAUUCUGAAGGAGUCCGACUGGAGGGACACGGUCAUCUACGGUGUCUUCACCUCCCAGUGGGGUAACGUGGGCCUGUCAGCUGUGUGCGCUUAUAACAUGACGGCUGUGGAGGACGUCUUCUCCAAGGGCAAGUACAUGCAGAAGGCCACAGUGGAGCAGAGUCACACCAAGUGGGUGCGCUACAAUGGCAUCACUCCUUCUCCACGUCCUGGAGCAUGCAUCAACAACUUAAUGCGACAGCAGAACAUCAGCAGCUCCCUCCACCUCCCAGACAAGACCCUUCAGUUUGUUAAGGACCACCCCCUGCUGGAGGACCCUGUCCUGCCCAUCGGCAACGGUCCUCGCCUCAUCACCAAAGACGUCAACUACACCCAGAUCGUCGUGGAGAGGGUCCGGGCGCUCGACGGGAACAUUUACGACGUCAUCUUUACUGCAACAGAUAAGGGCGUCUUGCAUAAGUCGGUGGUGUACGAAGGAGACGUUCACAUGGUGGAGGAGAUCCAGCUUCUAAAGAACCCAGAGCCCAUCAAGAACUUACUGCUGUCAUCUGAG